CAAUCAGUUCCAAUAUGUAACAAAGAUUGGUAACUAGUCGCGGGAAUUACAAUUUUUCGCGGGAAACUUCAAAAGAAAAUGGCGCCGGUAAACAAAACGUUGCUUUCUAUUGCUCGCUGUAGUUCGCAAGAUCCGACACAUCGUGCAGAAAACAUCUUAAAUAAGGAUAAAAAAUGGCUCUCGAGUAAACAUGAUAAGAGCGGGCAGAUCGAAGCAGAGAUUCAUUUAUCAAAAGCAAUACAGAUCGGUUAUAUUAAUAUAGGUAAUUUUGGAUCAGCAUUUGUUGAGUUACUUGUUGGCAGUUCCAUGUGGCCAUCUGGUAAAGAUUAUGUCACUUUACUUCCCUCAACAACACUGAUGUCACCAGCAGAAAGCAAGACAGGGAGGAAUAUUUUGGGAGUUAAAAUGUUCGAUAAAGCUUCAUUCACGAAAGAUGUUCCAGAGGAAGAAUGGGACAGGGUACGAGUGGUUUGCCGUCAACCUUUUACAAAGGACAAGCAAUUUGGAUUACAGUUUGUUGACAUCAUCGAGGGCAGUAACCUUGAAAACUCUGCAUCAAAUAAAGCAAAGACACCUCAAAGGCAAUCCCUGGCUGAAUUCAGAAGCAAACUGCUAGGCACCUCGCCUCGGUUACAACCUCAAAAUCGGCCAACUUCGUCACUUUUUGGUCAUCUGACAUCGCCAAAAUCAAGCCGUGCAGCCGGGCUGGUGCAGGCUGCCUUGAAAGGGAAUGUGGAAACAAAGGGAAAAAAUCACCAACCAAAGCAAAGAAAAAUAAGAAGCCACCCUUAUGACAGACCUGGUACCGCGAAUGGCAAUGCUGAACUUCAAAGUUUGCAACGACACAAAACUCUAUCAAGAAGAACCGCUGGGGACAUUGAAGACGAAGUCGAGUGCUUUUUGGAGACUUACGACUUUUUCAAGAUGCCUUUAGAGACAAUUACAUACAAAGAAUUGAAAGAACAAAUGGAAAAAAUGCGGGGCGCAAAAUUAACAAAAGAAGAAAGAAAAGUUUUUAUCAGGCUUACUGAGGAACAAGUGGAGAGAGUAAAAGAAAGAAGAAAAGAUCUCCAAAAGUUUGAUGAAGGCUUCAGUCCAGCAUAUUCCACGUCUACCAAAUCCUCAAACCCCACUCCGUCACGUGCUAUGCCCCCACGUGAUGGGACAACUUCACCACGUGAUAGGCCAAUUUCACCACGUGAUAGGCCAACUUCAUCACGUGAUAUUCCAACUUCACCACCUGUUACACUGACCUUACCAUGUGAAACACUCUGGGAUACUCCAACCUCGUCAUGUUACACUCCAGAUUUACCACGUGAUGUCCCAAGUUUACCACGUGAUUUCUCGACCUCUUCACGUGAUACCGUAGCACAAUCUUCCGUCCUGCACGAGUGUCCUUUGUGCGAGAAAUUUUUCCCGCCAGAGACGAUAGAGCUCCACGCUUCAGGUUGCGUGGGCUCCACGAUCCACGAAACUGUGAUUUUGAGCAGUUCUGAUGAGCGAGGUGACCUGGAAAUAAUGUCACCGAUCAAGAGUGCUUCAGCUGACCACAUGUUCUGCUGUCCUGUUUGUAUGGACAGAAUACCAAAAUGGAGAAUCAAUAUUCAUGCAAAUGUCUGCGCCGAUGCCUGCGGGUGACCAUGUGUCAGCGGAUGACCAUGUCAUGCCAGUUCUUAGCAAGGAACAUUUUGUUGAAUACAAAGAAAUACACGGAAUGAUUUCUGUACAUUGUGAUCAAAUACAUAAUAUA